GGGGUGGGAAAUGAGUGAGAGGGCGGGCAAGAAGAAAAACACGCGCAAAAUAUAUUAAAAAGAAAACAGCCCCCUUGGCAGCGAGUGCGCGGGAAGUUCAGCGCGCGAGUUCCGGGUUUCCCGCCCGCCCCGCCGGCCGCACACGGGUGAGCCCCCCGACCCUGUUCCGCUGCCUGCCGGGCCGCGUCUGUCCCUGCGUCCGGCGUUCUGUCCGCCUCCCCACUCCCCAUCCGCCCUCGCCGGGGGGGCCGCGCGGGGUCUGCGGAUCCGAGGCUGGCGGGCCCGCGUACUCCCUGCCGCAGCGCGGCCGCGGCGCCUGCAGAACCCGGUCCCGGCGGCUUGGGCUCUGGCCUGGCCCCGCGCCGCGCGUCCCGGACCGCGGCCUCCUAGGCCACUUGUGGAGCUCCUCUCCCCGCGGCUGUAACUCUAAACCAGCCUGAGCGAGGCCUGUUUUGAUUCGGAAACCAGCUACCAGCGUGUCCGCGCGGAACGCAGGAACUGAGGGCCAGCCCGCCACCUGAAGCUUUUGCGCACAUUGGCUGGGAAGGGACGUCUCCUCCUGCCAGCCUUCUCUGAGAUUUGAAAGUUCUGUCGCAGCUUUCCACGGAGGGGCCUGGUGGGCUGCCGGGGGCCUUUUGAUGAGCCUGCUGCCUUAGCCCCAUCAGGGAAGCUGUCCCUGAACCCCAUCUCUCCAACUCUAAGUGGCGAUCCAGAGGCCACCGCGCGUGAGCCCAGCCAGCUGUGGCCUAGCCACCCUCCUGCAGGAAUCAUCUGUGAGAGCUCCUAGGGCCCAGCGCUCCCCAUCAGGGCCCAGCAACAUGGAUGUAGACGCCAAGUACCGCCAGGCCUCCCUCUAUGUGGGUGACCUCCCUCCAGAUGUCACCGAGAACAUGCUGUUCCUGAAGUUCAGCACCGUGGGAACGGUGCUGUCCAUCCGCAUCUGCAGGGACCUGGUCACCCGCUGCUCCCUGGGCUAUGCCUAUGUGAACUUCCUGCACGUGGCUGAUGCCCAGAGAGCCCUGGACACCAUGAACUUCGACGUGAUACAAGGGAAAUCCAUCAGGCUCAUGUGGUCUCAACGCGACGCCUACUUAAGGAAAUCUGGAAUCGGGAACGUGUUCAUCAAGAAUCUGGACAAAUCCAUUGAUAACAAAACGCUUUAUGAGCAUUUUUCAGUUUUUGGGAAGAUCCUGUCCUCUAAGGUGAUGUGUGAUGAUCAGGGCUCCAGGGGCUAUGGAUUUGUGCACUUUCAGAACCAGGCUGCCGCCGACAGGGCCAUUGAGGAGAUGAAUGGGAUGCUGCUUAAGGACUUUAGGCUCUUCGUUGGCCCGUUUAAAAACCGCAAAGAUCGGGAAGCUGAGCUCCAAAAUAAAGCCAAUGAGUUCACCAAUAUUUACAUCAAGAACUUUGGAGAUGAGAUGGAUGAUGAGAAGCUGAGGGAAUUUUUCAGCCAUUAUGGCAAAAUCGUGAGUGUUAAGGUGAUGACAGAUUCCAGUGGGAAAUCCAAAGGCUUUGGCUUUGUGAGUUUUGAUACCCAUGAGGCUGCCAAAAGGGCUGUUGACAUAGUGAAUGGGAGGGAAAUAUUCGGACAGCAGGUAUUUGUAGGCCGGGCACAAAAGAAAGCAGAGCGACAAGCUGAGUUAAAGCAAUUGUUUGAGCAGCGGAAACAGGAAAGAUCUUGGCGGGUCAGGGGAACGAAAAUCUAUGUUAAGAACCUCGAUGAGACCAUUGAUGAAGAAAAACUACGGAAAGCAUUUUCUUCGUUUGGCUCAAUUAUCAGAGUGAAGGUAAUGCAGGAAGAAGGACGAAGCAGAGGGUUUGGCUUGAUCUGCUUCUCCUUUCCAGAGGAGGCUGCUAGAGCAAUGGCUGAGAUGAAUGGCCGCCUGUUGGGCUCCAAGCCAAUUAACAUCGCCCUGGCCCAAAGGGCCUAGGAGAGAAAGGUUUAUUCCAUCUGCCAGUGAAUGCAACAGGUGCGGGAGUGAUGGUGAUCUCUGAAUUGUCCCACGUGAUGGCAGCUUAGUUUAGUAAACUACGUGGUAAAAGGUUCUGUCUACAAAGUUUGUUUUGUUUGCAGAAAAAUUAAUGAAUCUUAGAAGGUUGCUUCAUUUUACAGAGGCAUACCUUUUCAUGACAUUCUUGGUUUUUUUUUCUGAUUUUGAUGUAUUCUGAGCAAUGGAUAUAAUUAGAUAAUUUUUUAUUUUACAUUUUGAACCAACUGAAGUGAGGUAAUUGAGUAUAUUGCAUAUUUUUUUCUUAUUUUAAGAAAAUCACUAGCUUUAAUUUAUUCUAAUAAAUAUGCUCAAAAUAGUUAUUUUGCCUAAGGAUGGCAAAGUAAUUUACUUUACAAGGAGAAUUUUUUUUU